AUCCGAGAGGGGACCAUGCUUCAAUGCCUCGGGACCGGUCCGGGGUAUUUGAGACAGAUUAACCAAGAGACAGAUGAUGGACACCGGGGCAGAAUCCUUCCUCUCCUGUGUUUGCAGUUCUUGUUCCUCACACUCACCAACAUUCUCAACAUGAGCAUCUCAGUAGACGACCUCGUUGCAUCCCUUGGUGCAAACCACAUCGGUCAGGAGGCUAUAGACCUCGCUGCUUUGCAGAAGCAGCUUUCCCAGGCGCUGCCAAAGCACACUGGUCCAACUGCACUAGACAUGCAGAAAGUGCACCAUGGGGGAUACACUCAGCCGUAUAAUACACCUACAAACCGAACUCCUUCGACUAGCUUCAGUUUCGAACACGCUCGUCUAGCUCGCAGUCGAAGUUGUAGUGUGGCAAGUAGGAAUGCCAGGCCAGAGUCUAUUAGUGAGGUCUCCCAAGAGCUAGGAUACGAUGACGACCGAAUGGACGAAGACGAGCGUAUGGUCGACGAAAUGUUGUUCCCUUCGUCGCCUGUCUCAGCUUGCUCGUACUCGACACAUUUCCCCUCGAACGACCACUCCUUCUAUCCACGUUCUUUCCAGACCGACCACCCAAUUUCCACUAUGCAUUCGCCACAUUCCAUGGAAUACGGCGAGGCGUCGCCCACCUCAACUUUUGCGAAUACCGAUCCGUUUUAUCUUGCACAACUUCAAGCGUCUCAAGCGUCUACCUCCGCCUCGCAUUUUGCCUUCUUAGGUAGUCCUGCUCAACAAUCUCCAUUUGUGCCAUCAUCCCGAAGAACUCGCGGAUCCUCCAUUGGGCGUGUCUCAACUUUUCCCGGGCUGACUGAGUCAAGUCAGACCUUUGCGCUCUCUGCUGCCGCUCGAUAGCUUCGUCGAGCACAACCCUGUUCCAGUUGGUGCCACGCAGCCUUCUAUACCAUGCUCCGGCAUGACACAUAGAUUUCGUCGCGCCCCGAGGACGCUGGACUAUAUAUCACUGCCGUCGAGUGGAGAGAGCUGUAUAGUAGUAUCCGAGUAGUACAGUAUGUGGGUGACCUGCCAGUGGGCGGCUUGUAUUAGUAUCGCGAGGAGUUACUUGAUUAUCAUUAUUUGCAUUAUUUGCAAGGAUUAUUAUUCGUUAUACUGCAGGACGCUGUUCGUAGUGGUUAUUAUUGAAUGUAGUCGUAGAAAUGCUAUGAAGACAUGUGCGACCACGUUCAUUAAACGAUCAUUGCUUGAGC